UUUCGUUCAGUCCAGACCUAAUUUCGUUCAGUGCUCAUAAUAAUUGGCGGCCAUAUUUGUUUACGUUCGGGAGAAGAAAGAAAUUAUUUAAAAAUCUACAAAAUUCUACACAAUCAUCAUGGCGGCAGCAACAAAACCUAAAAGUGAGAUGACACCUGAAGAGAUGGCAGCUCAAGAACAAGAAGAGUUCAACACUGGACCACUAUCUGUCCUCACUCAGUCUGUCAAGAACAACACACAAGUCCUCAUCAACUGCAGGAACAACAAAAAAUUACUUGGAAGAGUCAAAGCUUUUGAUAGGCAUUGUAACUUAGUGCUAGAGAAUGUCAAAGAGAUGUGGACUGAAGUUCCUAAAACAGGCAAAGGAAAGAAGAAAUCAAAGCCUGUGAAUAAAGACAGAUACAUUUCCAAGAUGUUCCUUAGAGGUGAUUCCGUUAUAUUAGUGCUCAGAAACCCAUUGGCCACUGCUAAGUAAUGCAGUUGCUGAUCUUUCAACUUCGGAUUUUAACAUUCUUCACAGACAGAUUGUGACACUCAUUCUUUAUCAUCGGAUGUCAUUGAUAGUGUAUUUGAGGCCUCUGCAGAUAUACAUCUACCAAUUAUGCUUGUAUACUGAAGCUGCAGGUUGAAUGCUGCCAGAAUAUGGAUUGGAUUUACUUCACAUCAUGAAAACUUUAGCAGAACAUUUGAAUCCUAUUCUGAAAGUAGGAUUCUAGUUUGUCUUUGAAGAAGCAUUUGCAUAGGCAAAUUGACAGUUAUUGACAAAGAUAGUGAUUGUAGAUUUGCCUCAAGAGAUUUUU